AUGAAAAAUCUAGAAUCCAUAAGUCUUAAUGGCAAUAAUUUCAAAGGUUCAAUCAAUGGCACAGAGUGGGAAGAAUUACUCAGUUUAAAAGAUCUUGACUUGUCAGAUAAUUCACUAGAUGGAAGUAUUUCUAUGUCAUUAUUCAGUUUACCAUCACUUCAGUCGAUCGAUUUGAGUGGAAACAAAUUCAGUGGGCAGCUGAAUGAAUUUUCAGGCAUAGCUUCUUCCCAUAUUGUAUUUCUUGACUUGAGAAACAAUAGCUUGGAAGGGAUAAUCCCAAAGUCAUUUUUCCAAUUAAGAGAGCUAGGGCAUUUGGAUUUGUCUUUCAAUAGGCUCAAUGGCACGCUAGACUUGGCAAAUAUUCUACAAAGCUUCAAGAACCUCAUAUUUCUUGAUCUUUCUUUCAAUCACUUGUCAAUUGGUACAAACGAUUACGGAGAAAACUCCCCCUUUCCUCAGCUAAGUAUCCUAUAUCUGGCUUCUUGCAACUUGCGUACCAUUCCUAAAUUCUUACAAAAUCAAACAUCUUUAGAUAAUCUUGACCUUUCUAUGAAUCAAAUCACAGGCACCAUACCCGGGUGGUUGUGGCAAAUUUCUAGUUUCAACCUUUCUUUCAACCACUUAGUGGAACUAGAACCACCUUUUCCAUUCUCAAAUGAUUUAUUACCAAGGUCUAUAGACCUCUCUUCCAAUAAUCUUCAUGGUCAAUUCCCAGUUGUCAAAUCCGGUUACGCUUAUUUGGAUUGUUCUAACAAUAAUUUCACUUCCAUCGAUCCAGCUAAUGGAAACUAUCUUUCAUAUGCUAGUUACAUGUCGUUUUCGAGAAAUAACUUACAAGGGGUCAUCCCCGCGUCACUAUGCAAUGGCACAAAUUUAGAGCUUCUUAAUCUAGAACACAAUCAUUUGGUUGGCACAAUUCCUGAUUGUUUUACAACCAUGACCCAGCUCAUCGUGUUGAAUUUGAGAGGAAACCAAUUACAUAGUGAAAUCCCUGAUAGAUUCACAAAAGGUUGCAGUUUACAAACUCUUGACUUGAAUGGGAAUUUUUUGCAAAGAAGGAUACCUCGAUCACUUGUCCACUGCAAAGAUAUGAAGAUCCCAACAGGCGCUCAACUUCAAACAUUCGAUGCAUCAUCAUAUACAGGCAACCAAGGACUGUUCGGUUCACCAUUGACAACACAUGAUCCAAUAACAGUGACUCCGCCUACUUCUUCAGAGGGAUCAAAUUGGAGUUCAAAGAGUGAACGAGAGUGGAUGUUAAGGGGUGCUGAAGUUGGGUUUCCAGUUGGGAUCACCAUCUUUAUUGGGCCUAUCCUUUACAUCAAAAGUUGUAUACCUUUUGUCUCUAGCCAAUGUCUCCGCGAUCAAAAGUCUUUACUGCUCGAGUUAAAGAACAAUCUUGCAUUUGCUCCCAAUGCUUAUGACAAGCUUAAGGGGUGGAAUCAAAGCACCGAUUGCUGCCACUGGAGCGGUGUCACAUGCAACAACUCCAAUGGUCGAGUUAUUGGGCUUGAUUUGAGUAGCAAAGAUAUCAUUGGUGGCAUUGACGAUUCAAGUAGUUUGUAUCAUCUUCAGUUCCUCCAAACCUUGAAUUUAGCGAGCAACAACGAUUUACAAGGUGAAAUUCCAUCAAGAAUUGGCACACUGUCUAGCCUCACUUACCUUAACUUGUCAUGGGUAGGCUUCAGCGGACAGGUACCUAUUGAAAUAUCAAACCUUGUUAAAUUAGCUGUCCUUGAUAUUUCAAAUUCAGGGGUAGAAAAUUCACCUUUAUACAUGCACAAGCCAAAUUUGGCAACAAUCAUUCGAAACUUGACUAAUAUUAAGGAACUCUAUCUUGAUUAUGUCAUUAAUUCAGCCAUAGGGGAUAAAUGGUGCAAGACAUUAUCGUCCUCGCUCCCUCGCCUUCAAGUAAUGAGCAUGUCCAAUUGUGACUUGAGGGGUGAAAUCCAUAAGUCCCUUUCAAAUCUCCGCCAUCUCUCCGUAAUCAUGCUCGAUGAUAACGGCAACAUGGGUGGACGAGUACCAGGAUUUAUGGCCAGGUUCACAAACUUGACGAAGUUAUCGCUAAGUGUAUGUGGCCUAUAUGGGAUAGUCCCUAGUAAAAAUUUUCAAGUACCAACACUUAGAGCCCUUGACUUAUCAGGUAAUGAAAAGUUGCAAGGGAAUUUGCCAGUCUUUUACAAGAAUGGGUCUCUUGAGGAGUUAUGCCUUUCUUCUACAAACUUUUCUGGCACCCUGCCAAGAUCCAUCAGCAACCUUAAAAGGCUUCGUGCAAUUGAUCUCUCUCGAAACCAAUUUUUCGGAAUUUUACCAAGCUCCUUGAGCAACCUUAAAAGGCUUCUUAGAAUUGAUCUCUCCUAUAACCAAUUUUCUGGUCCCAUUCCAUCAUUUUCAUCCUUGAAGUAUCUAAAAUCCAUAAAUCUUGGAUUUAACAAUUUGAAUGGUUCAAUCAAUGCCACAGAUUGGGAUAGGUUACUAAGUUUAGAAGAGCUUAACUUGUCUUAUAAUUCACUUGAUGGAAAAAUUUCUACCUCAUUAUUCAGUUUGCCAUCACUUCAGUUCAUCGAUUUGUAUAAAAACAAAUUCAGUGGGCAACUGAAUGAAUUUGCAAGCAUAGCCUCUUCCCAGAUUAGUUAUCUUGACUUGAGGUACAAUAGCUUGGAAGGGCCAAUCCCAAAGUCAUUUUUCCAACUAAGAGAGCUCCAAUUUUUGUAUAUGUCUUUCAACAGGCUCAAUGGCACGCUAGACCUAGCGGAUUUUCUACAAAGAUUUAAGAGCCUCAAGGAACUUGAUCUUUCCUUCAAUCGCUUGUCUGUUGGUACAAACGAUUCUGGGGAAAACUCCACUUUUCCACAGCUACAGAUCCUAUUUUUGGCUUCUUGCAACUUGCGUACCAUCCCUAAAUUUUUAAAUAACCAAACAUCUUUACAAAAUCUUGACCUUUCAAUGAAUCAAAUCACGGGCACAAUACCCGAGUGGAUGUGGAAAAUUACUAGGUUCAACCUUUCUUUCAAUCACUUAGUGGAAUUAGAACCACCUUUGUCGUUCUCAAAUAAUUUAGGGUUUAUAGAAGAUCUCUCUUCCAAUAAUCUUCAGGGCAAAUUCCCAGUUGUCAAAUCCAAUUAUUACUAUUUGGAUUGUUCCAACAAUAAUUUCAGUUCCAUCAAUCCAGACAUAGGAAACUAUCUAUCAUAUGCUAGCUACAUGUCAUUUUCGAACUUGGGAUCAUCCCCACGUCACUAUGCAGUGCCAAAAAUCUAG